CUCAAAUCACAUCUGACUGAUUGUUCUGUUUAUACAUUAUACGCGCGUAUAUAUUUUGUUGUUGUAUAGCAGGGCGUAAUAGUUCACACCGUUCACACACUCAAAUUGUUCCCACUUCAUAUUUCAGUGAUUCGAUCAGUGAUCGGCCCCAUACAGAGCGACAGUGACAUAGUGUUUGUACACCAUUCGCGUGUGUGUUGUUAUUUCGGGAGUGGUACGAUACAAAAACACGGUAGUCCAGAACUGUCAUCGGGAAAAUUGCAGCUGUCGGAGUAUAUUAAAGAAUCAACUUGCGCAUUGUGCCCUGAAAAAACUCUACUAGUCAAUAAAUGUCAAUGACAUGUCUUCCAGAGGCACGACUUCAACUUCCAAGACCGUAUCUUUUCAUCAAGGUCGAAACUGACUUAGCUGAGGAUGGCCUCAAAAGACAGGGCUCUUUUAGAAAACUUUUACCUGCGAGCUCGAACGGCGAUUCUCAAUUAAGUAUGUCAAUUAAAAUGAUCGACAGGCCAAACGUGCCACAGAACACCAAAGAAUAUAUCGUUUUUCUACAAGAGUAUAAUAUACUGUCUGAAUACAAUAUAUUGAGAACUCGUGACCUAAAAGGCAUUUAUGUUAUUCCUUCGGCUCAAAAUUCUUCUUUAUGGUUCGGAGUGCAAUUCAUUCGUCAGGGAAUUUACCAAGGCGGAGUCUUCAGAUUUACCAUAACGUUGCCUCAGAAUUUCCCAGAUGGGGGAUGUCCGAAAGUUGUGUUCCAAAGUAACGUAUUCCAUCCCCUGAUUCAUCCGGAAACUGGAGAAUUGUUGAGCACUUGGGGUUUUCCGGAAUGGAAAAAAACCAAUAGAAUUUGGCAACUUAUACAAUAUAUAACAAAAGUAUUAACAAAAAUUGAUCCAAAAAUGCCAGGAAUCAACGAAGAAGCUUCCACGCUAUACGAAAAUAAUAUGGAUGGAUUUCGAGAAAGAGCUAAAAAGUGUGUGAAAGAAAGUUUAAGCCAGGUUUACAAUCCACCUCUAACAGAAGAUCCACAUUACAUAACUUUUAGUCCAUACAACAGUGAGAUUCACGAGCCAGUCCGACAAAAAAUUUAUGAGCCUGAGACUUCGGAAGAGAAGAAAAAGGCAGGAUUCUCAUGGGUUCAACCAGGAUCCCUUCAGCCUUUUUCCAAACCAGAAGCCAGAUAACGUUUGGUCACUCGGAGCCUAAGAACAAAAUCUUGCACUUGGCUGUAAUUCGCAUUCGAAUAAUAGCGUUUUUACUUUCGAGUGUCGACUGUUUUCCACACUGUUGCGCAGUCACAUCGAACGAAACAAACACAAAUAUUUUUAUAUAGUAAAAAAUGAGUCGAAAAGAAAACAAAAUGUCGAACAAAAAUCAUAGUAAUAAUCAUGGUAGUUUUUGCCACUGAAAAUCGUUGAGAUUGAACCAUUAAUGGUUGUCGUAAGUGUAUAUUCGAACGUAUCAAAGUUCCAAUAAACCAUUUUUUGGACUUUUUUUUACAAUGCA